UCUUACUAAAGGGCCAAGACGUAUCUUAUAAUAGAUUUAUAUAUUAUUUUUUAAUCGAAACACAGUCGUGAAUGUUGAUAGAAACAUGGGGUUAUUGAAUGCCGAUGAAGAAGUAGAUGAGGUCAGCACGGAGCUAGUGUUUUACGUCAAUGGAAAGAAGGUAGUGGAACCGAACCCAGACCCGGAAUGGACGCUGCUGUGGUACCUGCGCAAGCGGCUGCGCUUGACCGGCACGAAGCUGGGCUGCGCCGAGGGCGGCUGCGGCGCUUGCACUGUCAUGGUCUCCAAGUACAAUCGUGCGGAGAAGAAAGUUGUUCACUUGGCAGUUAACGCCUGUUUAGCACCAGUUUGCGCAAUGCACGGAUUGGCAGUGACGACCGUCGAAGGGAUAGGCUCAACUAAAACCAAAUUGCACCCCGUACAAGAACGAAUAGCCAAAGCACACGGGUCACAGUGCGGAUUCUGUACACCAGGCAUCGUAAUGUCCAUGUACGCACUGCUCAGAAGCUGUAGCAAAAUAAAAUACUCAGACAUGGAAGUUGCUUUCCAGGGCAACCUGUGCAGAUGCACGGGCUACAGGGCCAUUAUAGAGGGAUACAAAACGUUUAUCGAAGAUUGGGAGUCAGAGAGAAUAGCUAACGGCACGCCUAACGGAUCUUUGAACGGAACUUCUAAUGGAACAUCAAAUGGUGCAUGUGCUAUGGGAAAAGAUUGUUGCAAAAAUAAAGAUAAAGAAGAAUACAAAGGUGAAACGGAGUUUAUAUUUGAGAGGUCGUCUUUCUUGCCAUAUGACCUUAGUCAAGAACCAAUAUUUCCACCUGAAUUAAAAUUAUCCUCAGCUUACGACGAUCAAUACCUAAUUUUCAAAGGUGAGCGUGUGAAAUGGUAUCGCCCAACUACACUUAACUCAAUGCUACAACUGAAAGAACAGUUCCCUGACGCUAAAAUAGUUGUUGGUAAUACAGAAGUUGGUGUAGAAGUUAAGUUUAAACAUUUUGUGUACCCAGUAAUAAUUAUGCCUAACAGCGUCCCAGAAAUGAACAAUAUUACUGAAACCGAAAACGGAUUUACCAUUGGAGCUGCCGUAACAUUGAUGGAAAUAGAAAACAAUUUUAGAAAAGCAAUCGAUAUCCUACCGAAGUACAAGACUAGAACUCUUAAAGCCAUUGUGGAUAUGCUGAAUUGGUUUGCGGGCAAACAGAUUCGGAAUGUAGCCGCUGUAGGAGGCAAUAUUAUGACAGGAAGUCCUAUAUCUGAUCUGAAUCCGAUAUUAAUGUCACUAAAAGUAAAACUUAACCUCUUGAGCAAGAAAGAAGGCCAUCGUUCUGUAUUGAUGGAUGAAACGUUUUUCACUGGAUAUAGGAGAAACGUAGUAAAACCUGACGAGAUAUUAUUGUCAAUUGAAAUCCCAUUUUCUUCGCGGUUCCAAUAUGUAAAAGCAUACAAGCAGGCCAAAAGACGAGAGGACGAUAUAGCUAUUGUGACAGCUUCUAUAAAUGUUGAAUUUGAAGAUAACACCAAUAUUAUAAAGCGCAUGAAUAUGGCUUUUGGCGGCAUGGCCCCGGUAACUACUAUCGCUACUAAGACAAGUAAAGCCUUACAUGGACUAACAUGGAAUGAAAACAUGCUGGAAAAGGCCUUUGCAUUCAUGAUCGAAGAAUUACCACUGGCACCCUCAGCACCUGGAGGAAAUAUUCAAUUCAGACGAACUUUAACCAUGAGUUUGUUCUUCAAGGCAUACUUAGCAAUAAGUAAGGAAAUGGCAAAAGAUUAUUUACACGAAGAUUUCAUAAUCCCAUACCACAGCAGCGGUGCUGAACAAUUUCACGGUGUCAUGCCUAAAAGUUCCCAAUACUUUGAACUUGUUGGUGACAAGCAAUUGCCAAGUGAUGCCGUGGGAAGACCACUUACUCACAUGUCAGCUUAUAAGCAAGCUGCCGGAGAAGCCAUUUAUUGCGAUGAUAUGCCUGUCGCGGAAGGUGAAUUAUAUUUAGCUUUUGUGCUGAGUACGAAAGCACAUGCAAAAUUACUCUCAGUAGAUCCAACAGAGGCCCUGAAACAACCAGGGGUUGUGGCAUAUUUCUCUGCUAAAGACAUAACUACUGAACAGAAUACGAUUGGCCCAAUAUUUCAUGAUGAAGAACUGUUUGCUACAGAGAAAGUUGUAAGUCAGGGCCAAACUAUUGGAGUUAUUGUAGCAAAAGAUCAAACAACUGCUCAAGAUGCUGCCAGAACAGUAAAAAUAGAGUACGAGGAAAUCCAACCAAUUAUUGUCACGAUUGAAGAUGCUAUUGAGAAAAAAUCCUUUUACCCGCAAUAUCCAAAAACAAUUCGUAGAGGAGACGUGAAAAAAGUAUUUGAAGACCCAAACAACAUUAUUAUUGAAGGACAGUGUCGUAUGGGCGGUCAAGAACACUUUUACUUGGAAACACAUGCGGCUUUUGCCAUUCCUAAAAAAGAAGACAACGAGUUGGAAAUAUUCUGCUCCAGCCAGCAUCCAUCGGAAAUAGCAAAAUUGGCUAGCCACGUGUUACACGUGCCUAUGAAUAGGAUCGCAUGCCGUGUUAAGCGCAUGGGUGGAGGCUUUGGUGGUAAAGAAUCACGUGGUAUGCUGGUAGCACUACCUGUGGCACUUGCUGCCCACAAACUCCAAAAGCCUGUCCGCUGUAUGCUGGACCGAGACGAAGACAUGCAGAUGACGGGUACUAGACAUCCGUUUUUGAUAAAGUACAAAGUGGCAGCAACUAAAGAGGGCAAAAUAAUGGGAGCCAUUGUCAAUAUUUACAACAAUGGAGGAUACUCGAUUGACUUAUCAGGACCAGUUGUUGAAAGAGCAAUGUUCCAUUAUGAAAACGCGUAUUACAUUCCCAAUGUAGAGGUUACGGGACAUGUAUGUAGAACAAACCUACCAUCCAACACAGCGUUCCGAGGAUUCGGAGGGCCACAAGGAAUGUUUGGCGCCGAAAACAUGGUGCAAGACCUGGCGAUGAGGCUUGGAAAGAGCGUAGAAGAAAUUAGUAGAUUGAACCUGUAUAGAGAAAACCAGAUAACACACUACGGGCAGAAGUUAGAGUAUUGUACGUUGCAAAGAUGCUGGGACGAGUGUGUUGAAAAAAGUAACUUAGCUGAAAGGAAGAGAAAUAUUCAAAAAUUCAACAAAGAACAUCGUUGGAGAAAACGCGGCAUGUCCAUCAUACCUACUAAAUUCGGAAUUGCGUUCACAGAAAAAUUACUUAAUCAAGCUGGUGCUCUACUCAUAAUUUAUGUCGACGGGUCAGUACUUCUGUCCCAUGGUGGUACCGAGAUGGGCCAAGGUCUUCAUACUAAAAUGAUACAAGUGGCGUCAAGAGCUCUGGGUAUCGAUGUGUCUAAAAUACAUAUUAGCGAGACUGCUACAGAUAAAGUGCCUAAUACUUCAGCCACAGCAGCUAGCGCUGGCUCUGACCUCAACGGCAUGGCUGUUUUAGAAGCUUGUCAAACUGUCAUGAAACGUCUUCAACCUUAUAAGGACAAGAAACCAGACGGGAAAUGGGAAGAUUGGGUUUUAGCUGCAUAUUUAGACCGCGUUAGUUUAUCUUCUACUGGUUUCCAUGCCACACCCGGUAUUGGAUACAAUUUCCAGAAAAACGAGGGGGUACCAUUCAACUACUUCACUUACGGAGUGGCUUGCUCGGAAGUUGAAAUCGACUGCCUCAGUGGCGAUCAUCAAGUGAUCAGAUCAGAUAUCGUCAUGGAUUUGGGUGAAAGUCUGAACCCGGCUAUAGACAUUGGACAGAUUGAAGGCGGGUUUGUGCAAGGUCAGGGCCUGUUUACUAUCGAAGAAUUGAUUUACUCACCCAAUGGAACAUUGUACUCGCGAGGUCCUGGGGCGUAUAAAAUCCCUGGAUUUGGAGAUAUUCCGUUGGAGUUCAACGUCUCGUUACUGAAGGGAGCUCCAAAUCCCAGAGCUGUGUAUUCUUCAAAGGCUGUGGGUGAGCCUCCGCUGUUCCUGGCAGCGUCAGUGUUCUUUGCGAUCAAGGAUGCGAUCCGGGCGGCGCGCGCCGACGCUGGCGUUCCAGUUGACUUCUACAUGGAUGCACCGGCGACUUCUGCUCGCAUUCGAAUGGCUUGCGAAGAUCACAUCACUCAGAAGCUUGAUCAACCCAAGAAAGGUAGCUUCGUGCCGUGGAAUGUAGUACCCUAAAGACAACGGAACGGAAGAAUAUGCCUACAUCAAAAGAGGAAUAAGGAUUUUCUCUGCCAACAUAUAUUUUGUAUUGCUCAAUGAUGUAGGAUUUAAAAUGUAUACUUUAGUGACGUUUUGUUAUAUGAACUGAUGACUACGUUAUAAAUAUUAUAAUUUACUCAAUUACGGUUAUCAAGAACUUCUUAAAAGUCCUCCGAUUUAGCUAUUUAAAGGUUGUGUUAUAGAAUAAUACUCAGACUGUUAAUAGAUAAAAUUAUUUAUUAUAAUACAAUUAAAUGACUAACAAAACAAUAAAUUACAAAAUCAGACUAAACUGAUUUACGAGGAAAUUGUUAUUGCUCGAGUAUGGAAUACUUUGACAAACCAUAUAGAAAAAGUCAAAUUUAUAGAGCACCAAAUUGAAAAAAAAUGUGCGGCUAAAUGCAUUCGUAUAUUGCGGUAUACUUUUUACUUUAUUAAAAUUUUAAUAUAUGCAUGCUACCUAUUAUUGAUAUCGUUUUCGUUCAAUAAAAUACUUUAAUUCUUA